AUGCAAAAAAAGAAGGAUAUAAUAGAGUAUUCAGAAAUUCUAAAAGCCCCUGAACCUGGAAUGUAUUUUAGCUCAUUUGAUGAUCUUUAUAGACAAUAUGGAAAGCAAGAGGGGAAGUCAAAAUCUCACAAGAAAAAUUAUCUUAAUCCUAAUCCUUUGACAAAAGUGGAAUGCAAGGCUAGAAUUAAUGGUACUAUUCUUGAGCAUGGAAAAUGCAAGAUUAAUUCAGUUAUACUUGAGCAUAACCAUGGAUUGAGUCCUCAAAAGUCAAGAUUCUAUUUAUGCAAUAGAGAGAUAAGUAUUAGUGCUCAAAGAAAACUUGAACUAAAUGAUCGAGCAGGAAUAAGUGUUGCAAAGAAUUUUCAAUCAUUUGUUAUUGAAGCUAGGGGUCAUGAUACUGUUCCAUUCUUACAGAAGGAUUGUAGAAAUCUUAUUGAGAAAGCAAGACGAUUACGACUAGGGGUUGGAGAUGCUGAAGCAACAUGGCUUGCAUGCAUGUCUGGAUGUGCUCCAAAUGCCAUAAUUACUGAUCAAGACAAAGCAAUGAAGAAGGCAAUUGAGAUUGUGUUUCCCCAAAGUCGACAUCGUUGGUGCCUUUGGCAUAUAAUGAAAAAGAUGCCUGAGAAGUUAAGUGGUUAUCAAUCUUAUAAGCCAAUUAAAAAGGCAUUGAAAAAGUGUGUUUAUAAUUCUUUGACAAAGGAAGAAUUUGAGAAAACAUGGGGUCUUUUCAUCAGCGAUUUCAAUUUGCAGGACAAUGGUUGGUUAAAUAGCUUAUAUGAAGAAAGAUGUCGUUGGGUUCCUGCAUUUGUCAAAGAUACAUUUUGGGCUGGAAUGUCAACUACUCAGCGUAGUGAAAGCAUGAAUGCAUUUUUUGAUGGAUAUGUUAACUCAAAGACAACACUUAAGCAAUUCGUUGAGCAAUAUGAUAGUGCUUUAAGAGACAAAAUUGAGAAGGAGAAUCAAGCUGAUUUUCAAUCUUUUAGCACUUUAAUUCCUUGUGUGACUCAUUUUGCAAUAGAAAAGCAAUUUCAGGCAGCCUACACUAAUGCAAAGUUUACAAAGUUCCAAAAAGAGUUGAUUGGGAAGAUUUAUUGUGAGGUUUCUUGUGUUGAUGAAAGUUUUGGAUUAUUUGAUGUAUGUGAGGUCUUAUUCUUUGAUGAAGGAAGCAAGGAAGUUCAUUUGAUGGUUCAUUUCAACAAAGAAAAUAAUGAGGUUCAAUGUUCUUGCUGGCUAUUUGAAUUUAAGGGAAUUUUAUGCAAGCACACUAUAUCAAUUCUCAUUAGAAUGGGAGUUUCGAAUGUUCCAAUGACAUACAUUUUGUCAUGA